AGCGCUCUGUAACCCAUCUGCAGUUGAAAUCCAAGCUUGGUGGAGCGUUCAUGCCUUUGCAGUUGUCAGCAAACUUGUUUCAGUCAGGUUUUCAGCCUCAGUUGCUGUACACGCCUAUUUAAUGUCUUCAGCAAACGAAACUAUAAAAGUAAAGACUUAGGUAAAGAAAAACACAAUAGGCCAUUUUUUGGGACCAUAACAUAAACUAAGGGGCGGAUAUGAUGAUGGCUCAUAUACUGCUACCAAUGCUUUUGCUAUGCAUUGGAAAAUUGCAAGCGGCACCCAUCAUCUGUGGAACGGAUGUCCAGGGAAGUGUCAAGGCAAGUGAGGACAGUGGGGCGACGCCCAGGCCCAGCGAGGUAAAUCAGUUUUUGCAUAAUGUGCAGUGUACACUGGAGAAAGCUAAGCCCUGGAUCGAAGAUUUGGAGACAGAGGCAAAGCGCCUAGAAGAAACCGCCAAGCGCGUUGGCUUGAGCAUUGUGCACCGAUUUGGUAAUCUUAUAGAAACGCUGCUUGGCACUGUUGCGAACAGGCCUCCAAGUGCAGGAGCUGAUGCCACGCAAGCCACGACCCCGAUGACGCCGAGUGAAAACACAGACCCCAACGCGCCGAUAAAUGUAGAGCUUGUGCAGGUGACGCAUUCCGAAGAGCCGCCAUUAAGUAGCCUCGCUCCCAAUGAGGAAGAGAAUGAGAUAACUAAUAUAGAACCGCUUAAGUAAGCUUGCCAGCGAAUUUAUAAUUAUUUAUCUAGCAUUAGAUUACGAUGAUGCAAUGUAAUUGUAGUCUUAGAUGCCAUAGAGUAUGAAUCACAAACUGAAAACAAUAAUUUUUACAAAUGUGAAAUAAAACUAAAAGAGAGCUCUUAUCGAAUCAUCGACAUAGAGAUACCGCGUACUCAGUGCAAGCUGUCGUAGCAAGCAUUCGAACUUGCCAUAUAAAUAAAUUCAUAAAAAUGUUUACCUUAAUAAACACAGGGAUCAUAUACGCCGCAAGCUUUUAGCUUUGUAGUUUAAUGUGCAAGCCAUUCUUUAAUAACUUUUUUGUUUGUAUACCCUUUUCACAUUAAAAAUAAGUAUAAGGGGUAUAAUGUUUUAGUUAAAAUGUGUGUAGCAGGUAGAAGGAGGUAUCUCUAACCCCAUAAGGUAUAUAUAUUCUUGAUAAGCAUAUACAGCCGAGACGAUUGACACACGUUCGUCUGUCUGUACACUACGCACUCGGUUAACGCUACGCAUUAAAAUUGGGCCCAUUACAAAAAUCAAAAGAGAUGCAUUUUCUAUUCAUUUAAAUUAAAGUAAAU